AUGAUUAACUUAAAAGGAAAGACGGCACUUAUCACUGGAGGUAGUGCAGGUUUGGGUGCUUCUGUCGCUCGUCAAUUGGCUGCAGAAGGUGUAAACAUCGCCAUCAAUUAUGCCAAUUCCAAAGAACAACGUGCCGAAGAAUUGGUCCAAGAAUUGAAAUCAGAACAUGGAAUUAAAUCAAUUGCUAUUCAAGGAGAUGUUUUUGAUACUUCAAACAUUUGCAAAUUGGUUGAAGAAACCGUAGAAAAAUUAGGUGGAUUAGAUAUCGUUAUUUCUAAUGCUGGUUGGACAAAAAUGGUUCCAUUUGAAAAUUUAGAAGAAUUGGAUGAAGAAAUCUGGGAUGGAACAUUUUCAGCAAAUGUCAAAGCCCAUUUCUUCUUAUUUAAAGCAGCCAAGGCUAUAUUUGAUCAGAAUGAAGAAGGUGGGGUUUUUAUUGCAUCAGCAUCAGUUGCCGGAAGAAUCCCAUAUGGAUCAAGUAUCCCAUACGCUGUAAGUAAAGCCGCAUUAAUCCAUUUAGUUAAGGCGUUGGCAAAAUCCCAAGGUCCAAAAUGUAGAGUCCAUGCCGUAUGUCCUGGUUUGUUAUUAACUGAAUGGGGGAAACGCUUCCCACAAGAAAAGAUUAAUAGAACUAAGGAAAUGUCUCCUAUAAAGGAAAUUACUGAUGUUGAUGAAUGUGCUGUCCAAUUUGUCACCUUAUGUAAAUUGAAGACAAGCACUGGUAGUAUUAUUGCAAUGGAUGCUGGUAUAUCUAUUUAA